AUGGAGGUUCACAGAUGUCGAUUUGUUGAUUAUACUCCACACACGAUCACAUCGCUUGCGUUCUCUACACGUUCGACGCUCGAUGACAACAAACCAACACCCUUAGAUUUGCGUCUCGCAGUUGGCAGAAGCAAUGGUGACAUCGAGAUAUGGAACCCUCGUCAUAACUGGACACACGAGCUUACUCUCGCAGGCUCUCUGGGCCGCUCAGUUGAAGGUUUGUGCUGGGUAACAACAUAUUCUUCCAGUCAUCCUUCUACUACUGGCGCCUCAAGAAAAGUUGAGUCAUCUCGAUUAUUCUCCAUCGGUGGAUCAACAUACAUCACAGAAUGGAACUUAGCUACAGGCCAACCAUUGAUAAAUUAUGAUUGUAAUGCUGGUGUGAUAUGGACAAUUGAUGUCAACUCAACUGGUGAUAAGCUUGCUGUUGGAUGCGACGACGGGUCUGUUGUCGUUGUUGAUAUCUCAGGCGGUAAAGGGUCUUUAGAGCACGAUAUCAUUUGUCAGCGUCAGGAUGCAAGAGUCUUGAGUUUGAAGUGGAAUAAAAAUGAACAGAUUAUUGGUGGUUGUGCUGAUGGAAGAAUUAGAGUAUGGAGUUUUCAGCCAGAGACCAAAGGUAGAAUUAUGGCAACAAUGAGGGUAGACAAAUCCAAGACAGAAAGUACACUUGUGUGGUCUUUGGAUGUGUUAAAGAACAAGCAUCAAUUCAUAAGUGGAGAUUCUACGGGCCAUGUCAAGAUUUGGGACCUUAGAUACUUUACGUUGGUGCAAAGUUUCAAGAUCCACGAUGCUGAUGUCCUUUCAAUCGUUUGCAACCUUAAAGAGGAUAAGUUCUAUUCACUGGGUAUUGACCGUAAAAUACAUCAGUUUGACUUGUUAAACACAAAGACUAGUAGUAAAUGGGUGCAUAGUUACAACAGACUCCUACAUUCAAACGAUAUAAGGGCCAUGGCCAUAUAUGAAAGCAAGAACUUAAAUGUCUUGGUGAGUGGUGGUGUUGAAAGAGCAAUAGUUAUUCAAAACUUGCAGUCAUUCCACGAUGGAAAAUACAAGAAGUUAUUGAUUAAUCAACAAAAGAGCAAUGUUGUUGUCGAUGAUGAUGCCGAUAAUAAUGAUAAUAGAUUGAUUGCAUUGUGGAGUGAUCAAACGGUUAAGAUUUGGAAAGUUUGCGACUCUAGUAAACAAAAACUUGUUUCAAAGCUCACUUUAUCGGAUGAUGAAAAUAUUACAAGCGUGGACUUGAAAAACAAUGUCUUGGUUGUUGCCAAGAUGUCAUCAGUCAAAGUGUAUGAGUUAUUUGAGGUGGCCGAGGACAAGUACAAGGUGAGCAAGAUUAGAGACGAAAACUUUGACUCUCUUGUUUCUGGUGCAAAAAUUGUCAAACUUCUUAAUGAUGCCCAGUUCUUAGUGGUUACUCCAGAUGAAGAGAUAUACCGAUUUAAAAUCAAUUUUGAUGAUAAAGAUGACGGCGAAGCAACAAUUACUCUUGAAGAAGAAGUCGAACUUUUUGAAAACGAUAAUGACGACAAGAAUAAUGGAAGCUUCUCAUAUUCUAUAAAUCAUUUGACUAUUACACCAGACUCACAAACACUCAUUAUUUCGCGCUUUAAUGGUAGUAUUGAGAUAUAUCCACUUUUCAACAACGAUAAAAUUCAAAAUCCAUACACACUUACUAAGCUUUCUUUGUCCCCUCACCUUAUUGCCUGUCGUAAUAGCGAGCGUUUAGUUGUCCUCACCGAGGAAAACAAGCUUUUUGAAUUUAAUAUAGGCACACAAGAGCAAGGCCAAGGCCAAGGUCAAGGUCAAGGUCAAGGUCUUACAGCAUGGUCUAAGAGGAAUAGUGAAUAUUUGCCUCGGCAAUUUACGGCUUUGGAAGACAAGCCUCAGGGAAUGUUUGUCCAGUCCGAUAAAGUUUGGAUUUAUGGAACAACGUGGAUCUGCUUUUUUGACUUGACCAAAAACAUUCCAAUCAACAAGAUGUAUAAAAAUUUAAGUAUAGGCAGAAAGAGAAAUAGAAGUGGAUUGACUAUAAAUGAUGCCGAUUACUUAGAUGGCGAAGAGGCAUCCGUGCACCAGAUUGAGCAAGGAAUGAAACAAAGUGGGUUGGACAAGAUGAGGCAGCAUAUUAAAGAUGAAGGCGAGGAUGAGGAACAAUUAGAGGCGGGAGAUGCUGAAAUCAAUGCCCUGGACAAGAAGGCAUUUUGGAUGACUGAGAAGUACAGACCUAUAAUGAAAGUAGCCAACUUUGGCGAGAACGCAUUGGUAGUAAUUGAAAGACCCUACUUUGCAUUACCUACUACUCCAGCAUUUGAUUUGCCCAAAUUAAGGGUAUAG